AUGCGCUUCUGUUGGGAUCAACUUCUACGAGCAAUCAAAACCCUUGCUAGCAAUAUCCUGGAAUACCUGAAAACAUUCCUCUCUGUAUUUAACAAAAGCACAGCGGAACAAUUGCCAGAAGGAAAACCCUGGGAUCAUGCGAUCAAUCUAGAAGCUGGUUUUAAGCCCCAACAAGGAAAGGUAUAUCCGCUUUCACCAGCCAAACUUAAGGAGUUAGAUACCUUCAUUGAGGAAAACCUACGGAAGGGCUACAUCCGUCCAUCAAAGUCUCCUAUGGCAUCCCCAUUCUUCUUUGUCAACAAGAAAUCCGGAGAUCUCCGACCAUGCCAGGACUACAGGAAACUUAAUAAUGCCACCAUCAAGAAUGCCUACCCUAUACCAAGAGUAGAAGACCUAUUAGAUCGCAUCGCAUCCGCUAAACCAACAAUAUUCACUAAGCUUGAUCUACGCGCUGGCUACAACAAUGUACGCAUCAAAGAAGUGAAUCCACCAAUCACUGCAGAAGAACAACACCCAACACCUGUUCCAGCAGAACCCAGCCCAGAUCCACCCAGAUCAACAGUCGAUCCUGUCCCAGAAGAAGAACCUACUGAUAGACACCCGAACAACCCAGAAGACGGAGACCCGGAACCCAGCGAUCAAGAAGACGAAGAAGACAUGUCGGACAACAACAGCGGGGCAGUAAACAAACCCAACCAAUUCGAAGGAGAUAAAGGGAAGAGCAAGGAAUUCCUGGACGAAUUGUACCUAUACUUUGAAGGAAACUCUAAGAAGAUCCAGACCGAUAAAGAUAAGGUUCAGUGCACCCUUUCCUAUAUCAAAGGACCUGCCCAAUUCUUUGUUCACACCGUCAUAACUGAUGCACAAGAUCUGAUCUCUGAUACCAAGAAUGCGCCACUCAAAGGAUUACCUGUGAAGGGGCCUAACAACUGA